AUGACAACAAUUAAAACAGUUAAGGUGCAAAUUCAAGAACUUUUGAGGAGAAUUCAGGUAGUGGAAGAAGAGAAAUAUUAUUUGACUUUAAAGGCACAUGAUGUUCAAAUAUUGAAAAAUAAGAUCGUGGAAUUGAAAUAUAAAAUUCAAAAUGAAAGGAAUGAAAA